UCCGCUCCAUAUUUGCACCUCUUUCAAACGUGCAGGGCCAACAAGCUUGGCGGUGCUGGGCAGAUGUUCUUUGAUGUUCGUCAAUACUGCUGCGUGAUGAUGUCACGCGGCAGAGAGCAAAGGAGGGAGGCGAGAUCAAAGAAGGAAAGGAGGGAUGAGGACACAACAGAGGAUAACCAACACAACAACGGGACAAAGAUGGCGACUACUUGUUCUGCAGCGGGGCGUCCACUGGCGUCCACUCUUCCCAGCCAUCGGGAAGAACCGAAGGAACGUGGCAAGCUUUUUCCCUUUUUUUGUCCAAACCGGAUGACCGCCGGUGUUAGACGCUGGGAACCGGCACGCCAACAUCAGCCAUCCCCGCCGCCAGGCUAGCAAGAGACCGUUAGUCAUGGGUAAACACUCGGACAGGGAUUGGUCAGAGAUGAGGACCGCUGCUGGAACCUCACAUGAGCCACCAGGCCCAGACUUCCUCUCCAUGGGAACGCCGGCCUCCGACAGGACACAUGCUCCUGGAUGACUGACGGCGGAGGAGAGUGACAGGGAGGAUGUUCGAGCGGCGGCAGCGGCGUGCUCUUUCGGUCCUGCCAGCGUCUCUGCCUGACUCCUAAAUGACUUCACACCUGUCCAAAGGAACAAGGCUGAGAGGGUGAAUUGUUUUCCAGCAAACUCACUGCUACAGAGGAAGGUCUGACCUCCUUCUGCAACCAGAGACAUGAGCGUUGUCAGAGAUUUACAUGGGGUCGGGUACAGGGGCGGCGGAGGCGUCGUGGCUUCUCUGAACGGCCCUGCGCACUUCACUGAAGAUGCGCCCCGGCCUCCCGUUCCCGGCGAGGAGGGCACUGACUUGGACCCGCCGGUCCAGUCAGGCAACAGCCGUCCGGGCGGCCUGUCCCAAACCCAGGGAUACCCCUCUUCUAAAAUGGGAGACCCGUCGAGUCACGUGCCCUCCUCCUCGUCGUCCGCAACCCCACGCCGACCCGACCUGGACCUGGGCUACGAGCCGGAGGGCUCGGCGUCUCCGACUCCGCCGUACCUGAAGUGGGCCGAGUCGCUUCACUCGCUCCUGGACGACCAGGAUGGCACCAACCUGUUCCGGAGCUUCCUAUGUCAGGAAGGGUGCGAAGACCUGGUCGAUUUCUGGUUCGCGUGCUCGGGCUUCCGGCAGACCAGCCAGGACAAGAGAGCCAAGUUGGCCAAGGUCAUCUACAGGAAGUACAUUGUGGAUGGGAGCGGCAUCGUCUCCAGGACGAUCAAAGCCGCCACGAAGAGCUUCAUCAGAGACUGCGUGGGAAAGCCACAUCUAGACCCCGCCAUGUUUGAACAGGCUCAGACAGAGAUCCAGGCCAUGAUGGAGGAGAACACCUACCCUCUGUUCCUUAAAUCUGACCUUUACCUGGAGUACACCCGGACGGGAGGAGAGAGCCCCAAGCCCAAUCCCAGCGAUCAGAGUCCCUCAUCGGGCCCGGCCAAGCCGCCGCCCGGCUAUCUGCCGACUCUAGCUGAGGAUGUGGAGUGGAGAGGUGGAGUUCGAGAGGAAGAGGAAGAGAAAGAUGAAGAAGAUUGCGGCGACACACCAGUGAGUAGGCUGACCCAAAGCCUGCUCAUGCAAACGGCACCGCAGAGGGCCUCACCCAACAGGAGGAGGCAGGACAGCAGGGAGUACAGACCUUGGAGAGAGCCGGUAAACCCAUACUACGCAAACAUGGGCUACGCCCGGGCCCCAGUAACCAGCGCCAACGACAGUGAGCAGCAGAGCAUGUCAAGCGACGCAGAUACAAUGUCCUUGACCGACAGCAGUGUAGAUGGUAUUCCUCCAUACAGAUAUCGGAAGCAGCAUCGGAAAGAGAUGCAUGAAAGUGCCAAAGCCAAUGGCCGUGUGCCCCUACCUCAUAUACCUCGCACGUAUCACAUACCAAAGGACAUCCAUGUAAAGCCGGAGAUGUUUGCGGCAGAGCUCAUCAACAGGCUGGAGGCUGUUCUCAGAGAACGAGAUGCCCAGGAAAGGCUUGAAGAAAGGUUGAAGAGAGUACGACUGGAAGAAGAGGGCGACGACGCCGAUGUCUCCAUGACGACCUCCAUGUCUUCUCACAGCAUACCACUUCCCAUCCCCUCGUCGUUUCCACCUCUGUACGGGGCCCGUUAUUCAGAGACCACUGCGAACACGGGAACAGCCACCACGUACGGCGGCCUGGUCGCCAUGGAGGACCCUCACGAAGACGACCCCGAAUCCAUUUUGGACGAACAUGUGCAGCGGGUGAUGAAGACGCCGGGCUGCCAGUCACCGGGGGCAACCAACAGCAGCUUAGGCGGUGGAGGGCGGCACACUCCGCCCAAAUCGUCGCGCUCACCCGACGGAGGGAUAGGGCCACCACACUACCCCUCACACAGAGGAGGGGGGCAGAGUCUUCCGACCGUAGGGGCUAAAGGCAUUUACCACCAUAAGCAGGUUUACCACCACAGAGGAAGAGAUGGACAAGAGGAGACGGGAGGUCGGCCUCCGCCCAACCUGCUGUGGAACGGAGACCAAGCCAACCAGUACGCGGGCCGGAGAAACUACGCAGACGGAGCUGGAGCCAGCACCCUCGAGGGCAUGGGCUACGGUAGCAAAGGCAGCACAAUGUCACGGCGGGGCUUUAAGAAGACUGAAACAUCGAGCAAAGCUGAUGAGAGCGGGCGUGGACUGGAAACCCAGGGCUAUCCAGGAACUCAGGUGGAGGAUCUGGAGAGGAACCAGAAGAUUCUGCAAUGGAUGAUGGACGGAGACAGACAAAGGAAGAGUUCUCAUGGCGGCAGCACCAGCAGCUCCAGGAGAACGGGAACCAGCACCGAGUCGCCGCGCCCGACCUCCGUGGAGCGACCUGGAGCCGUGCACCCAUGGGUCUCCGCCCAGCUGCGCAACAACUCCUCCUCGGUGUCCACGGCGAUCCCCGGCUCGUCGUCCACUCAGGUCCAGCCUUCGCACCCGUUCAUCCAGGACCCAGCCAUGCCGCCCAACCCCGCCCCCAACCCGCUCACGCAGCUGGAGGAGGCGAGGCGGAGGCUGGAGGAGGAGCGGAGGAGGGCAGCUCUACUGCAGGCAAAGCAGAAACACAAGUCUGGGAAGCGGCAGGUGUGUGAGAACAUGACCGUGGCAUACUACUUCUGUGGAGAGCCCAUCCCGUACCGGACAUCAGUGAAGGGCCGCGUGGUGACUCUGGGCCAGUUUAAAGAGCUGCUUACCAAAAAGGGCCACUACAGGUUCUACUUUAAGAAGGUGAGCGACGAGUUCGACUGUGGAGUUGUGUUCGAGGAGGUCCGUGACGACGACGCCAUCCUGCCCAUCUUUGAGGAGAAGAUUGUCGGGAAGGUGGAGAAGGUUGACUGAAAUUCUGGGAACAGGAAAAGGAACAGAUGACUUUCGAAACGAGGAGACGCAACACCUGCAAGAAAUCGGAACGUUGGCAAGUAGAAGGAUGGACGAGCGACGUCUCCGAACGACAUAGAACGGAAGAUGGGAGUUCACGGAUAAACAAAUGCCUGCCUGGAUUAAAAAAAAUAAAUAAAUUGGGUCAGAUAAUGCUGGAAUGGAGAAAAGAACAAAAAUAUUUUCCUUCUGUUCUUUACAGAUCAACAAGGAGAGCUAUAUAUUAAAAAAAUGUUGAUGGAAAAGGGGCAAGGGGACUUCUGGAAGAAAAAAAGAGGAUGAAAGUUGUCUUCCACUUCUGCUCUAAAGGAGGAGCGCUUGUCCUCUGCAGACCAUUACAAUGCUGCUACAUUACCACGGAAACGCUUCAGUCGGUGCUCAGGACGGCAGCUCGCCGUCUUCGUUUUUCGUCAGCUGGGGACCGGUGGGGGGGGGGGACAGAAACAAACAAUCUGAACGUUUUCACUUAGCUUCUCGUGUUUUUUUUUUUCUUUUUUUUUUCUUUUGCCUUGGUAGCCUCAGAACAGAGUCGUACUCACCGCCGCGCUGCCCAACGCGUUCCACACUGAUCUCUCACAUCCUACCUUUCAGACGACAGUUCUCCGCCUAACCUGUUUACCAAAGCUACAUAUUGUUUUUGAUAGGACAAGUAUUCUAGCUACUUGUUAUCAUUUCAUUUGAUUUGUAUAUGAACAAAGGCAGGUACUAUUGCUUAUUUACUGCAUUUUUGUUUUGUCAUAUCUCACUUUAUAUAGUAUUAUUGUGUAUGUUUUGAAAAUCACGUCGAAGCAGCGGUGGAGUUUCUCGUCACUAAAUCAUAAAAGUGCCCCUCGUUUCCGUCGUUUCGAUGAGAUUCGUCUUCUCUUAAAUGUUUUUUUUUUUUAUCUAGCUUUUUUGUUCUCCUCCACUAUAAUAUUUCUAAAAAUUCCCACUUUUCAAAAGCACCUCUUCAUGUUUUCCACAUCUGCCCCCGUGCUAGUCUCGUGUGUGUCGCUGAGGAAACAUGCGGGGUGGGUACACAUCACUGUGUUUACAGGACUUUAAAUUAAGCUAAUGUAGAAAUUGCCUUUUUUAUGUUCUCUGCUUUGUUGAAAUCCUCAGCAGUAGGUUUAUCCCGGGUGCCUGCCUCGUCGGUGCCGUUAUGCUCUUCAAAAAAAAACAGAAGCAAAUUCUCAAUCACAUCCGCGCCUUUAUCCGUCUUGUAUGUGAACUCUGCCAAAGAACACGUGUCCCACAAGCUGACGUGUGUCUAAGAAUCAUUUUUAUUGUAACGAACUGAAGGGAAUGUUGCUCCAGUAGAUUUGCCAAUCUAAAACAAAUGCCCAUCUUGACGAUUCAUUUUAAAUAGAGAUGCGCUGAUCCGUUUUGUGAUCCAUUUCGACCUGUUUUUUAUUUUUUUUAUUUUUUUUUUUAGAAAUCCUCUUUGCCAAAGUUGAUUUUAUUUCAGCUGAUUCUGAUUUCUCUUUACAAAGUUUAAUUACCAGCAGGCAAAAUAUGUUUUAAUUUUUUUUCUUCUAGCCAUGAGCUGUCACUAAUCAAUUUUGUUAGGAGUGGAGGUGAUGUCACACUGUGUGUGUGUGUGUGUGUGUGUGAGCAAAUAGUCACAAAAAAGAGUCUUUACUAUUUAAAGCAAACACAAAACAAUCACAGGAGACAUUUUAAGAUAUUUUUUCUUAAAGAUUAGCAUGUUUACAACAACAAGAAUAUUUAUCGUUUACACCGGGUGUCUGGAGCUCCAGAGCCACUUGUGACCCUUUAAAUCAUCCAUAAUGUUGUCCAAAAUAUUAAGGAAGUGAGUGAGCAAUUUUUUUAAAGGAAAUAAAAAAAGAAAUGGUAGCUUGGUAAAUGGUAGUUAUGUUUUUUCUAGGUGAUAAAGCUUCUUCCUUUUGUCAAGAAAUUCUGUUUAGCUAGGUUAAUUGCAGAAAUGGCUGACAAAUGUGAAUGUUGCUGACCACUGGCCCCUUUACCUAAACCAGAGGAGGGGUUCUUACCAAACUGGUCUAAAUAAUGAACUGUGCCAAUUCCUGCUUAUCACCAGUGUUUUGAGCUGCCACCUCAGCAAACAUCAGUAAACUGGCUCAACUUUAACUUUAGAUUUUUGGUGCUCAAAUUUUGCUUUUUAGCACCAAAAAGCUAAAAAAAAAUUACCUACCCACCAGUUUAAUGAAACUACCAACUAGUCAAAACCUGAGUGCCAAUUUAGUUUUGUUUCACCUAAUUUAACACAAGAAAACACUAGAAGUGUCAAACUUCAACAUUAACAAGUUGGAUUAGCACUGGAAUAGCACAAACUUUCUCUUUUUUUCCCCUUCUUGCUUAAACACAGUCAAUCUUUUAAUGUCACCAGCUUUUCUAAAUUCUGGUCUAAAAGUUGUCUCUGUUUGGCUGCUGGUGCAGGUCAGAGGUCAGCAGAUUGGGAUUUAGAAACCUGAACAAGCACAAGCUUUGUUUAAUUAUGUGUGAGUGAUGAUAUGACAUCAGUUUGAGAUGAUGUGAUUUCUGUACUUAAAUUGUGUCCAUGAACAAAACUUUGAGGGAGAAUCUAACUUCUACUGGUCAAGACGUUUAAAGACUGCUCUAGGAACUGAAACUGGUUCUUUUAUAAAAACAAGCAAACAAAAAAAACGGCCAAUCAGAUUUCUAAAAGGCUCCUGAUGUUUCCAGCUAAUUUUAUUGAGAGGUUGGAACCUCAAAAAGAGAAAAAAUAAUCUGAUAUAUUUAGCUGCUGAAAUAUCACUCCCCAUAUACAGUAUAAAUGAAGCACAGAUGUUUUACCCUUUUAUGAGCCAAGAUGCUUUCCUUUCUGAAUAGCCACCUGUUGUGCUUCGAUCAUUUUAAAGACCUUAUUAAUAAUAGAAAUGGUUAACUGUGAGCCUUCCUCGCUUUCUAGCAACUUCCUCCUUAAAGAACACUGCAAAAAAAA